AUGGCUUCCGAUUUGAACUUGACGACCUCUGUGACGUUUCAGUUCGUCCUAGCGCAGUCGACGUAUCCAAAUCUCACCCGAUCAUGCAACAACACCCCAAACCUCCGCCUCAUCCGUCAAACGCUGAUGCUUCCCAUGCAAGCCAGAUGCUCGACAUGCGGUAAGUCUCACGACUUUCAAUUGCCGCUGAGCGACCUCAGUCACGGCACUGACAAGUCGAGGUGGUACGUUGGGGCUGAUGCUACGAUUGUUCCUUCCUUGGACGAGAUUGACUCGCUGGGUGGUGAUCAGAAGUACUUCCACUUCCAUGGCAUCAAGGUCAAAUCACGGACUUUCGAUAAGGCACAUAUGGAGACGAACACUGACAAGGAUGAUGUAUUCCACACCCACACGAUCAAGAAAGCUCCAGGCAUGCGCUCGAUCGCUGAGCUUCUCAAGGGCGUGAAGGUAGCACGGAUCCUCGACAUUGACCAGGUAGACUCCAAAGGCCCACUUAGUUUCAGCCAGCAAGCCUCCACAUUCGACUCAACUGCAGUCAUGGCCUGGAUCGACGUCCUCACCAAAGUCGUUCUUCGCGCCCACUACGCCGAGGGUACGUUCUUCGCUUGGCAGUUCUCAGGCGAUGGCGAGUAUCGAGCACCGAGCUAUGAUGCCGAGCAGAUGCUCAGAGACCUGCACGUCAAGAAGAGAACGAUGAGGUACUACCGGUCCAGCAAGAAGGACGACAUCUCCCAGCGUGACGAGGACUUGGCAGCAGCUCUUGGGUCCACGUUGAGAGGUGAUCUCCUUGGUCCACUGGCUAUGCACGUUGCCAAUACUGCAAUCGCAAACACGAACCAUGACAGGGUGAAGGAGACGAUUGGGCAGAAGUUGAGGGCAGGUGGGUAUGGACGGUACAACGCCUCUUACAUUGAGGCUGUUGGGGCUGCUUCCUCGAAUAAACCACGCUCACAUGGUCGGAGGUCUUCGUGGGUUUUCAUUUAA